AGUCCACGCGGAGAUGUUGGCCAAUCAAACGUCAGGAGCAAAAAUUCAAACUGAGAAAAGCGCGUUGGUCUUCCUGCUCGGAUUUUGUAUUGUUUUUGGAGAUAGACCGAAGGAGCGAAGAUGACAGAGGAGUCAGCGGUAAAAGUCUGCGUUCGAGUCCGUCCGCUUAUUGCGAGGGAAGAGAGUGCAUCCGAGAAUGCGGAGCCUGUCCAGAUUUUCUGGAAAGCUGACGAGAAAUCAAUUCACCAGAUUGAUGAUGGAAAUUCCACCAAGAGCUUCAGCUUUGACCGAGUGUUUGCCGCUGAUGAAACGACCAGUCAGCUGUACAAUGGCAUUGCAAAGCCUCUGGUUGUUUCCACUGUCGAGGGAUACAAUGGAACCAUAUUUGCUUACGGGCAAACUUCUUCUGGAAAGACCUUCACCAUGAUGGGGACCAGUCGCACCCCCGGAGUGAUACCUCAAGCUGUGGAGGAUGUCUUUCAAAGCAUUAAGAAUUUUCCCAAGAAGGAGUUCCUUCUCAGAGUGUCCUACAUGGAGAUCUACAACGAGACUGUGACGGACCUGCUUGUCGACAGCUGGAAAAGAAAACCUCUAGAAGUCAGAGAACAAAUCAAUAAAAACAUCUAUGUGGCUGAUUUGACUGAAGAGUUGGUUACAUCUCCUGCACAAGUCCUAGCAUGGAUUCGGAAAGGAGAAAAGAACCGACAUUAUGGCAAGACAAAAAUGAACCAGCGGAGCAGCCGAUCGCACACUAUUUUCCGGAUGAUCCUGGAGAGCCGGGAAAGGAGCGACCCAGCAUCAGGUGAAAGUAGUGAUGGAGCCAUCAUUGUGUCUCAUUUGAAUUUAGUGGAUCUGGCCGGAUCUGAGAGAGCAAGUCAAACUGGAGCUGAAGGUACACGUUUCAAAGAAGGCUGUAAUAUAAACCGCAGCUUGUUCACGCUCGGCCAAGUGAUAAAGAAACUGACCGACGAAAACCAGAAGGGUUUCACCAACUACAGAGACAGUAAACUGACCCGCAUCCUGCAGAACUCGUUGGGUGGGAAUGCUAAAACUGUCAUUAUCUGCACCAUCACCCCGGUCACUCUGGAUGAGACCCUCAGCACUCUACAGUUUGCAAGCACAGCAAAGAAAAUGAAGAACGACCCUCACGUAACAGAGGUGUCAGAUGAUGGGGCUCUGCUCAAAAGGUAUCGCAAUGAAAUUGCAGAACUCAAGCGACGACUUCACGAGGUUUCUUCAGUCACGCAGACCACUGUGACAGAGAAGGAGGUUCUCUCCCAGCUGCUCCAAGAGAAGGAUCAGCUGCAGAGAGAAAAAGAGGGCCUGAAGAGAAAUCUGGCCAAUCUCCUUGUGACAAGCUCAAAUCUGGUCCCAGUCCAGAAGAUUCCAAGCCGCAGGGUUACCUGGGGAGGAAAGAUGGUAAAACUUGGCCAUCCAUCUGGCUGUGUGGGGAGUUUCUCUGAUCUCAGCUUUGCAGAAUCCUUCACUCAGAAGAGAACUCAGUCAGAUUUCUCCUGCCUGAUGGAGCUGGGUGAAGACGAUGAGGACUUUGAGUCCAACUGGGGAAUUCCAGAUGAGCCGUCAGAUGAAAUGGAAAUGAGUCGAAGCUCUGUGACUGUUCGUAGCUUUGGAGACAGUCCCAGAGACUUCAUGUCUCCUGAUCGUCUGCAAGAACUUUCAGGCAAAGUGUCCAGUCUGGAGAUGCAGCUGGAACAGGAGAGUCAGGAGAAAGAGACGGCCCUGUCAAAUUUAGAUGUGUUAAAGGGCAGAGUGGCAGAGCUGCAGCUGGAGCUGGAAACGGAGGUGCAGCAUAGACAGGAAGCACUGGAAAAAGUGCAGACUGGAGAACAGAGGAGAGCAGCGCUGGAAGCGCUGCUGCACACUGAAGCUCAGCAGAGGCUGGAGGCCACACAGAAAGCUGACACGUUGGAGGUGAGAGUGAUGGACUUGGAGAAACAACUGGGAGAACACAGUGACGUGGACACUGAGACAAAUGAACAGAUGAGAAAAGAGUUUGCUGAGACCAUCCAGCUUUGUGAAACUUUGGCGUCAGAGAAGGACUUGGUGGCUGCAGAGCGAGACUACCUGAAACAGGAGCUGGGCAUGUUUAUAGAGCAAAUGGAGCGUCUGGAGACAGAGAAGGCUGCUGUAUUACAGGAGCUAGAGGAGAAGAGGGAGAUGGACGAGUUCAAAUCUCUAGAAGAGGGGUGCAGGAAGGAGAACGAGAAAGAGUUAGAAAAUGAAAUUGUAAGCUUGAAGAAAGCUGUUGAGUCCUCUGAACUCCAGCGCAUGCAGCUCCAGAAUGAAAUCAAGACUCUGACUGAACAGCUGAAGAAGAAGGAAACAGAAUUUGCACAUGAGAUGGAGAACCUGGGCAGUAAGGACUUGGUGCAGGAGGUGCUGAAGCUUCGCCGCUCUCUGGAUGAUGCAGAGCUGCUGAGCAGAGACACAAGGAAGGAGUGGGCUGUCCUACGCAGUCGCAGCAUUUCUUUGGAGGAGACGAAUGUGACUCUGACUGCCAGCCACGAGAAAAGGGAGGCGGAGGUGAAGAGUCUGCGUUGUCAGCUGGAGACGGAGAAGUCGCGUUACAGAAAGAUGCAGAGCGAUCUCCAGAAGGAGCUGAAUGUCGCAUUUGAUGAGAACACAAAGCUCACCACUCUGCUAGAUGGCAAUGUGCCUAAAAAUCUGAUUGACAGCAUAGAGCUUGAGAGAACUGUUGCCAAUCUAAAUAAAGAGUUGAUGGCAUCUCGUCAAGUGGAGACGGCCUUGAGAGCUCAGCUAGAUGAGCUGGCUGUAUGUCAGACUCUCCCAGAUAAAGUGGACGCCUUGGUAAAGCAGCUUGAAGGAAGUGAGCAGGAGCGAGGAGCUCUGGAAGGAAAACUGAGCGACGUGCAGCAGCUGAUCAAGGAUUUGGAGGAGAAGCUUGCUGACAGCGAAGCUUCCAGAAGCACUGAGGAGGAGAUUAGCAGAGAGCUUCAAGAACAAAUCAGCCAGUUAAAUGAAGAACUUCAGUGUGUGCGAGCUGAGAAAGCCGAGCUCCUGUCCGAGCAGAGCACUGCUGAUCAGAGGUUUGCAGAGGAGACGGAGAAGCUGCUCUCUGCUGUAACAUCUGUGACCGCAGAGAGAGACGAGCUCAGGGUGAAGCUGCAAGAACACGUGGACAAGGUUGCUGAGAUGCAGGUUGUUCUACCGUCUGUUCAGGAUGAGCUUCAAACACAAAAAGAAAAGAAUUCAGAUCUCGUGAAAGCUCAUGAGCAGAAAGAGUCUGAUUUAGGGGAGAAGAUGCUGAGGCUAUCACAGGAGCUGCAGUGUGUGCGAGAUGAGAAAGAGGCUCUCCUGAUGACGACCUUUCAGAGGGAAUCGGAGGAUGUGGAGAAGCUGAGCGCUACCUUGGCUUCUCUCACUGCUGAGAGAGACCAGCUCAGGACGGACCUGCAGGAAAAUGUGGAAAUGAUGAUUGUGAAUCAGGAGGAACUGAGGACGGCCCUGGAGCAAAACGGCGAGCAAAAGAAGCAGAUCAAAGAGCUAGAAGAACAAAUAUUGAAGCUGGAUGGGCUUCCCAGUGAGCACGAUGAUAAGCUGGUGGAACUGCAAACACAUAUAAAGGCUUUGACUGAGGAGCUGGAGAGUGUGAGAGCAGAGAGAGACAGUCUGCUGUCUGAGAAGGAGCUCAGCACUCAGACCUCCACAGAGGAGAUGGAGAAGCUGCUGUGCAGAGUGACGUCUGUCAGCGAGGAGAGAGACGAGCUGCAGGAGAUCCUGGAGGGUCUGAGGCAGGAGAAGCAGCAGCUCCGGGCAGAGCUGGAGGACAGGGUGGAGAUGAUGACUGAGAACCAGGAGGAGCUGAGGGUUUCUCAGGAGAACAUCAGAAUCCUACAAGAUGAGAUCAACCUGCUGAAGAGUGAAAAGGCAGACCUGGAGAGCAGGCCGAGCAGUGGCAAAGAUGCAGGCAGUACCCUCCAGUUACAAGAGCUCACAGACCAGAUUCAGAGACUGACUGAGGAGCUGGAGAGUGUGAGAGCAGAGAGAGACAGUCUGCUGUCUGAGAAGGAGCUCAGCACUCAGACCUCCACAGAGGAGAUGGAGAAGCUGCUGUGCAGAGUGACGUCUGUCAGCGAGGAGAGAGACGAGCUGCAGGAGAUCCUGGAGGGUCUGAGGCAGGAGAAGCAGCAGCUCCGGGCAGAGCUGGAGGACAGGGUGGAGACACUGCAGUCUGAGAUAAGGACUCUGACCGAUGCAUUGAAAAUGGCUGAAGCAGAAGGAGCACGACUGCUGUCUGAGAAGGAGCUCAGCACUCAGACCUCCACAGAGGAGAUGGAGAAGCUGCUGUGCAGAGUGACGUCUGUCAGCGAGGAGAGAGACGAGCUGCAGGAGAUCCUGGAGGGUCUGAGGCAGGAGAAGCAGCAGCUCCGAGCAGAGCUGGAGGACAGGGUGCAGAUGCUGCAGUCUGAGGUUGCUGAGAUGCAGGUUGUUCUACCGUCUGUUCAGGAUGAGCUUCAAACACAAAAAGAAAAGAAUUCAGAUCUCGUGAAAGCUCAUGAGCAGAAAGAGUCUGAUUUAGGGGAGAAGAUGCUGAGGCUAUCACAGGAGCUGCAGUGUGUGCGAGAUGAGAAAGAGGCUCUCCUGAUGACGACCUUUCAGAGGGAAUCGGAGGAUGUGGAGAAGCUGAGCGCUACCUUGGCUUCUCUCACUGCUGAGAGAGACCAGCUCAGGACGGACCUGCAGGAAAAUGUGGAAAUGAUGAUUGUGAAUCAGGAGGAACUGAGGACGGCCCUGGAGCAAAACGGCGAGCAAAAGAAGCAGAUCAAAGAGCUAGAAGAACAAAUAUUGAAGCUGGAUGGGCUUCCCAGUGAGCACGAUGAUAAGCUGGUGGAACUGCAAACACAUAUAAAGGCUUUGACUGAGGAGCUGGAGAGUGUGAGAGCAGAGAGAGACAGUCUGCUGUCUGAGAAGGAGCUCAGCACUCAGACCUCCACAGAGGAGAUGGAGAAGCUGCUGUGCAGAGUGACGUCUGUCAGCGAGGAGAGAGACGAGCUGCAGGAGAUCCUGGAGGGUCUGAGGCAGGAGAAGCAGCAGCUCCGGGCAGAGCUGGAGGACAGGGUGCAGAUGAUCUCAGCCAUCCAGGACAAGCUGAGUCAGCUGAACAUGCAGCAGCAGCCUGAGAGAGGAGAGCAAGAAGCCAAGCUGCAACAAGACAUACUGCAGCUUAAAGAGCAAGUUCAAAUGCACACAGAAAGAUGCGCUCAGGCUGAAAGUGAAGCAGAUGCAGUGCAGCAGUUGCUCAGCGAAGCGAACGCAACCAUCUCUGCUCUCAGAGAGCAGCUCAGCAGGUCAGAGCCGAGCACCAGCGGGGCUAAGGAGCUGCUGUCGUCACAACUGCAAGACUCCACCACACAGCUUGAGGAGUCCUUCAAAAGCUUCCAGCAAUUCAUAGACACUUGUUGUAGUUAUGACAAUAUAACUCAGGACAAGGGCCUGAGGGAGCGGCGUUCCCUGAAGCAUCCUCUUCCCAAGGCCACCAAGGAUGCCUAUGAUGCGGUCUUUCAGCUGGGACAGUCAACUGAUGAAAAUCUCAGAAAAAUUCAAGAGCUGCUGCGUGUGAAGGCAUUUGGCUACAGGAACAUUUUUGAGGAGCUGGUGAAAAACGACUUGGCCGUCUUCGAGGAGAGACGGCUGCAGGAUGUGCUUCUAUGCAGAGCGCAGGCGCCCAGCCACUCUGUUCAAGUCGAGGGCUUUGACACACUGUGGGAGCAGAGACUGCCUGAGCUGCUGGACAGGAGGCAACUUUACAUGGAGAAAAUGAGCAGCAUUUUGAACAAGCUCUGGGACCACAUGACCUCCUACCUCCAUGAGCUGAAGGGUGAGAUUCAAGAACGAUUCAAGUUCAAUAAGCAGCUGCAGGUCCUGAUCACCAACCAGCCAAUUAACUUCAGUGGGCUGGACAGCAUCCUGGAGCUGGUGUCUGACCGCAGAACGGCGGGGAUACAAAGCAAGAAAUGUCUUCUGCAGAGUAUCACUGAUGAGCAGAAGGGUCCGUUUGAAGAGCUAAAACAGCUGGAGGCUGAGGCAAAGUCUCACCUUAGGGAGGUGAAAAGCAAAAGUUCCACUUUGCUGCAGGCGCUGGAGGAGGGAGCGCUUCUGACAGUCGCAGCUCUGCUGAAGGAAACCCAGCAGCUAGCUUCUCAGCUGAAACACGCAGAGGAAAAAGUGAAAGCUCUGCAUAUUCAAACUGAGCAGCUGGAGGAGGCACGCAUCAAAGCUGAUGCCAAAGUUUCCAACCACAAAGAGGCAACACAACUCCUGCAGACUGAGCUGCAGGACAACCGCGCACUAGUUGAAGAGAAAGAGAACGCUAUACAAGCUCUGAAGAGCAAAAUUCGAGAAUCUGAGAAAAAAUCAUCACCCAGUGUGGCUGAGCUGGAGAAGCUUCAGACCAAGCUGUUGCAGUUGGAGAUGAAGCUCAGCUCAGCAUCUGACGAACACAAACGAGAGAUCCAGGCGAUGAACACACUGUUGGAGGAAAAAGAAGAGUUACUGAGGAAGCUUAAAGAGACUUUGAGAAAAUCCCAACAGGAGGGAGAAGAGUCGUUCUUGCAGGGUAAAGACCUUCAUGCCAGACUGACCAACCCCAGGAGUUCUGUGGUCAGCAGCAGUAUUCUGAUGGAGAAAUCCAAGCUGGAGAAGGAAGUCAGCCAGCUUCAUAUGAAAAUCACAGAACUGGAAAGUGUGGUUGCCAGUCAGCAGGCUGAGAUUACCAAGUGGAAGAACAGAGCCAUCAAACUAAAGGUGAGGAACAAAGUGGAAGAGGACAAGCUUCAGUCACCUAGCACUCCCACCAAGAGGGGCUUUCCCAUGACCUCUGACUCCUCUAACCUGCUGAGCUCACCUAAAAAGUUUUUGAUACCUGCCAAGAAGCUCCUGGACACUCCCAGGAAGGGUUUGGAGUCACCCAGAAAGCUGCUGGAUUCGCCAAAGGCCUCUCUCCUCGAAUCCCCCAAAAGCAGAUUCUUUGAUGUGGGCGGAAGCUCUGAGACACUGUCCCGAAACUGUCCCAAGCAGUUCUUCGACAACUCGAGCCUUGGAACCAUUCCAGAGGUUUCCCGAGUUCCUGAAACAGCAGCUCCAGAACAGGAUGUUACUGUGGACACGGACAAAAACGAGUGGUGGCCAAAGUCUCCAAAACAGGAAGAAAUGUGUAAAACACAAUAACGUGUUUGUAAAGAGCAGUAUUUUCACCUUUGUUUGUAAUGUUUAUGUACUUUUAUUUCCCACUUUCAUUUUUUCCUUUUUCAUCCUGUUCUAAGAAAUUUAAUAAACGUGUUUAAGGUGCUUAAA